AUGGUGUACGAAACUUAUCUAUAUGAUUUGUUAGCAGUGACCCCACAGGCACUGGGAGAUGAAAUCUGCAAAGCUUACAAAAAGCUAGCCCUCAAAUAUCAUCCUGACAAGACCAACCAUGAUCCAGAUCUCACAGAAAAGUUCAAAGAAGCAACUCAGGCUUACGAAGUUCUAAAAGAACCGCGUACAAGACGAGUAUACGACGUCUAUGGCCCAGGUGGCCUAGAUGGUCUGGUUGCAGCCAAACAGGAGCAGCAGAGGAGAGCACCUCCACAGAGAUUCCCUUUCCAACAAGACCUAUUCUCACAUAUGUUCAAUGAAAUGAGCUCCGCGUUUCAAGGAUCACCCUUUGAGGAACACUUUGGGCUUUUUGGCAGUUCUAUGAAUGCUGCAGGCAGUAACAUGAACAUGGGGUUUGAUAUGAACAUGAAUAUGAACAUGAAUACGCCAGGCAGAAGCAAACGUGUUGUACGACCAGCCCCGGCUGAUCCUCGUAUCCAUUCAUUGCAACAGGGCCCCGACAUUCAGCAUACAUUUAAGGUGUCACUAGCGGACAUGUACUAUGGUCGCCUGGCAAAAUUCCAGCUUCCUAGAAAGGCCAAGUGUGGAACCUGUAACGGUAUCGGUGGCCUCAACCCACAGACCUGUCGUCAAUGUAAGGGACUGGGUCGCGUCCAUGUGCUGAUGUUGAAUAGGUUUUCUAGUUACGAAGAAAUCUCUUCGUGUCAACCUUGCAGGGGUACAGGGAUUUAUUUUUCCGAAAGAGACAGAUGCCCUGAUUGUAAAGGUGGCUUCAAGAUGGAGAAAAAAAUUCUCAAUGUCAGCAUUCUUCCUGGACUGAAACACGGAGACAAGUGUAUAAUACGAGGAAUGGCAGAUGAGGGCAGAAACAUUAAGCCCGGAGACGUGGUGAUCCAUCUUCAAGAGCUUCCACACCCGUCCCUUAUAAGGCGCAAUAACGAUCUUUUUCUCGAGCAAGACAUUGAUUUGAAGACAGCACUUGUCGGCGGAACAGUCUUGGUUCACGACUUCAUCAAUCCUGGAGAGGAGCUAAAGAUAUUUAUCAACGUACACGGUAACGAUGCCAUGAACGACUCAGUGAACGCUGCUAUCAAGUGCGGGGAAGUUGUGGGCUCCAUCAACCUGAACACACCGAAGAUUGUGAAGGGAAUGGGAAUGCCUAUAAAUUUGAGUAUUCGCAAUGGCAAAUAUUAUCAGAAGUCGGAUUUGGAAACAGAUUCUUCUGAUUUCACACGUGGAGACUUGUAUAUCAGGUUCAACGUCCAAAUACCAUCGAUAGAUCAGUUCGCAAGCAUAGAGGAUAUUGCUCAAUUGUCUAAGAUCUUACCGGGCAAGCCGGCAGAGCACCCGGGCAAGACUGCGACUCAUGAGCAUAAUCUUUCAAACUUGCCAGGUCCUGAACCAAUGCUCAAACAAUCGCCAGAAGAGUAUGACUACGACCAAAUUGAGGUCGACAGUCAAGGCCUGAGAGAAGAGGAACAAGACGAUAUAUUUUACAUGGGUGAAUGGUCAAAGGAAGCAGAAAGGAAGAAGAAAAGAAGAGUCAACGGAUAA